AAAAAAACGUGGACAUUUCAAAUCCCUGCUCGGCAGCAGAGUUUUACAGCGCGCCACGAAUAGCCAAUCAUUUGUCUGAAGUCAUCUCAGCUUCUGUCCGACUUGUUUUGUUUGGAGCUCAGCGCGACACUGUGCGUAAAAUCAACCAACACCAGGCGCAGCGGCGGUGCCAUGGCAUCUGUGCGAAGUCCAAUCUGAGGCGCACGGACUACAGGGCUUUUUAAACGCGGAUGUUUGUAUGCUGUGCACCGAUGGCAGUUUUGCCCAAACUGAAAAUGAGAAGUGCGAUGCUGGAUCGCUCCUUUCCCAUUCCUCUCCAUCGAGCGAGUUGCGCCAGGGAACGAUGCUGAGCGGAUCGAAGCGGGGAGUUGUCUUCUACAGCUGUAAGACCAUCAGUAAAACCUUGGACUUCACCAUUCAAUCUCUUUAUCAAUUCAACUUUUUUUAAAAUCAUGGAGAGCCUCAAUGAGCUUCAAAACCCCCUUCUCGACAAAACCAGCAGGAACAACUACCAGGGUUACCAAUGCGACUACCAGCCCUACCAGGACAGUCUGAUCGGCUACUACUACACGGGAACCAGCGGCACGCAUAAAUCUCAACAGUUUCUGGAUGCAACCUCUCUUCACAUUGCUGUGGAGGCCUUUUACAAGCCGAACUUAAUCAUGUACAAGGACGAUGUUAGCCUCCACAGCAAGGACUCAAAGAGCGAGAGCUUUGAGACCACAUUCACAGAGAAUAAGGACGCUGCGACGGAUGCAAUUUCCACCGAAAACACCGACCACAUUGCACAAGGAGAAAAGGAUGUGAAGAUCCAGACUGUGUCGUAUGAAGUGGAGGAGGAUCAAGGUCCAGAGUAUGAGAGUGACAGCUCCAGCGAUAGUGAGAGUGAAGACAACUUCCUCACACUCCCCCCUCGUGACUACUUGGGCCUGGCGAUCUUCUCCAUGCUCUGCUGCUUCUGGCCGCUGGGCAUUGUCGCCUUUUGCUAUUCUCACAAGACUGGCAAGGCCAUUGCUAAGGGAGAUUUCUCCAGAGCAGGGAUGAGCUCCAGAAGAGCGCUAUUUCUGGCUGCUUUGUCCAUUACCAUCGGAACCGGGAUGUACGUGGGGGUGGUUGUUGCCCUUGUAGCUUACUUAUCCAAGCCUGGACAUGUAUAGCACUGGGGCUUGUUAUUCAGGAGGGGGAGAAAAAGAAAGAAAGAAAGAAAGGUGGAUCUGUUAUCCUCUCAUGAACAUGUAUGUCUUGGGUUUUCUACUAAAACAGACCACAGAAGAAGAAAAUACGCUUCAAGGAUGAACUUUGAUUCUAAGUUAAUCCAGAAUGAAUCUUGGUAUUUUUAUUUUUAUCAUUUCCACCUGAAUGUUCUACCAUACAGGAGAAAAAAAAAGACUGUUAAAUAAAUAAAAAAUUCUUCAACACAUGAUCCUCAUGGAAAAACCGAACUCAGCAGCAAAAACAAAACCUACCUUUUAACACAACAGUAAAUUGAUCUUUAUUUAGCUUCAUGGUGAAUGAAUUAUCUGUGUCUACAAAUCCAAACUGUGCAUUGUUUUACCUUGUAAGUGAAUUUCCUGAAUAAUAGCAGGCUGUUUUGAGUCAUAAUCUAUGGAAGACGUAAAUUAGACAGUAAUCUGGUCAAUGAGACGUGAGAAAAAGAAAAAAAUACUAGGACAAAAGACUUCAAGAGGGUAGCUUCAAAGCUGCUGAGCAGUGGACCUGAGGGUUUUAAGUGUCUGUAGUGUACUGUACUUUUACUCAAUAAAUAUGUUUGGCAUGAGAACUGA